ACCAUACCACAGUGUUUUUAAUUAUAAACAAACCAACAAACCCAAACGUGCUGCAUCAACAGUGAGAUACGUAGUAGCAAGCACUGUUGUCUUCCACUCAUCCCGGCCAUGGUUUGCUUCAAGCUCAACCCCACGUCCUUUGCGCUCGCCGCAGCCGUGGUCGUCAUCCUGGCGGUGGCGGCGCCGCGGCCAGCGGCCGGGGCGUCGGCGCACCUGCACGUGUACAUGCACGACGUGCUGGGCGACAGCGCGAUGAUGGUGGUGCGCGGCCCGCGGGGCAACUUCGGCAACACGGUGGUGAUGGACGACGUGCUGACGGAGGGCACGUCGGCGUCGUCGGCGGCCGUGGGGCGCGCGCAGGGGCAGUACAUCGUCGCCUCCUCCAAGGGAGGGUUCGAGCUGAUGGUGACGAUGAACGUGGUGCUCACGUCGGGGACCUACGCGGGGAGCUCGGUGACCGUGAUGGGGCGCGACGACACCGGCGUGGCGGUGCGUGAGCUGCCGGUGGUCGGCGGCACGGGGCAGUUCCGUAUGGCGAAAGGCUACGUGCUGUGGAAGACCGUCCGCCCCGACCUGCUGGAGCUCGACAUCUACGUCAACCCGUGAGCCACUGCCUGCCCACUCGGGCGAUUCAGCGUGCAUGCGUCGUCAGCGACCUGUGGCAACAGUACAUAAGUGUUGCACGUGGUCGUUCGGAAUAAAAUGAGUGUUGCACCUUGUGUUACAAAGCGCUAUGUGGAUGUUUGUGGUAUUUGUGUGUGUCUGUGUGUGUGUUUCUUGGAUCUUGUCAUUCUUUUGUUGGUCUAUAAGUGCAACGGAUUGUGAGCACCUGUCAUAUGUGCCUGCUGCUUGUUUCAA